CUCCCCGCUCCAUCUGGAACCAGGACGCGGAUGUUACAUGAAGCUGUCAGCACAGGGCGUAGACUUGUGAUCGUCAUGGUUGCUUGCUGAGAAGAUGAGAACUGUUUGUGCUCCCAAACUAAAUGGACCCUGUGUGGACAGUAAUGACCGCACGUUUCCGAUUGCCUGCUGGCAGAACCUACAAUGUACGAGCAUCUGAGCUGGCACGAGACAGGCAGCAUACGGAGGUGGUCUGCAACGUUCUUCUCCUGGAUAACACUGUACAAGCUUUCAGAGUUAAUAAACAUGAUCAGGGCCAAGUUCUACUGGACAUAGUCUUCAAGCAUCUCGAUUUGACAGAGAGAGAUUACUUUGGUUUACAGUUGGCUGAUGAAUCUACUGAUAACCCUAGGUGGUUGGAUCCAAACAAACCUAUCAGGAAACAAUUAAAAAGAGGAUCUCCUCACAGUCUGAACUUCAGAGUUAAGUUUUUUGUAAGUGACCCAAACAAGCUCCAAGAAGAAUAUACAAGGUACCAGUACUUUUUGCAAAUUAAGCAGGACAUUCUUACUGGAAGAUUGCCCUGUCCUUAUAAUACUGCUGCUCUUCUGGCUUCCUAUGCUGUUCAAUCCGAGCUGGGAGACUACAACCAUUCAGAAAACUUGCCAGGCUACCUCUCAGAAUAUUCUUUCAUCCCUAGCCAGCCUCAAGACUUUGAAAAAGAAAUAGCAAAAUUACAUCAGCAGCACAUAGGGUUGUCUCCUGCAGAAGCAGAGUUCAAUUAUCUCAAUACAGCUCGUACCUUAGAACUUUAUGGAGUUGAAUUGCACUAUGCAAGGGAUCAGAGUAACAAUGAAAUAAUGAUUGGAGUGAUGUCAGGUGGAAUACUGAUUUUUAAGAACAGAGUACAAAUUAACACCUUUCAGUGGUUGAAGAUUGUAAAAAUUUCUUUCAAGUGCAAGCAGUUUUUUAUUCAACUUAGGAAAGAAUUGCAUGAAUCUAGAGAAACAUUACUGGGAUUCAAUAUGGUAAAUUACAGAGCAUGUAAAAAUUUGUGGAAAGCUUGUGUUGAGCAUCACACGUUCUUCCGUUUGGACAGACCACUUCCACCUCAGAAGAACUUUUUUGCACAUUAUUUCACUUUGGGUUCCAAGUUCCGGUACUGUGGGAGAACAGAAGUCCAAUCUGUGCAGUAUGGUAAAGAAAGAGCAAAUAAAGACAGGGUAUUUGCAAGAUCCCCCAGUAAACCCUUGGCACGGAAAGUAAUGAGUGGGAUGGAUUGGGAAGUAGUGAGUAGGAACUCACUGUCUGAUGACAGGUUGGAAACCCAGAGCCUCCCAUCACGGUCUCCACCUGGAACCCCAAAUCAUCGAAACUCUGCCUUCACUCAAGAAGGAGCCCGGUUACGACCCUCAUCAGUUGGACAUUUAGUGGAUCAUGUGGUUCACAGCUCCCCGAGUGAAGUAUUUGUAAAUCACAGAUCCCCAUCCUCCACCCAGGCCAACAGCAUCAUACUGGAAUCCUCCCCAUCUCAAGAGACUCCUAUAGAUGGGCAGCCUCCAGCAUUACCACCCAAACAAUUUAAAAAGAACAGUUGGAACCAAAUUCAUCAUUCACACUCACAGCAAGAACUGGAUAACCACAUUAAUGAAACAUUUGAUGUUCCUGCAUCACCUGAAAAAUCCACCCCCAAUGGUGGUGUCCCCCAUGACAAUCUUGUUAUGAUCAGAAUGAAACCAGAUGAAAAUGGAAGGUUUGGCUUCAAUGUAAAGGGUGGAUAUGACCAGAAGAUGCCAGUAAUAGUGUCCAGGGUAGCUCCAGGAACACCUGCUGAUCUGUGUGUCCCUCGUUUGAAUGAAGGGGACCAGGUUGUACUGAUUAACGGCAGGGACAUAGCAGAGCAUACCCACGACCAAGUUGUAAUGUUUAUUAAAGCUAGCUGUGAGAGACACUCAGGGGAACUUGUGCUCCUAGUUCGACCCAAUGCUGUCUAUGAUGUUGUGGAAGAGAAGCUGGAAAGUGAGCCUGAUUUUCAGUACAUCCCUGAGAAAUCUCCAGUUGAUGGUGUCCAUCAAGAUGAUAAUGCUCUGAGGGAAUCCAUGAUUCAGUUAGCAGAGGGGCUUAUCACUGGAACUGUCUUGGCUCAGUUUGAUCAAUUGUAUAGAAAAAAGCCUGGAAUGACAAUGUCUUGUGCCAGAUUACCUCAAAACAUUUCCAAAAAUAGAUACAGAGACAUUUCGCCUUAUGAUGCUACGCGGGUUAUUUUAAAAAGUAAUGAAGAUUACAUCAAUGCAAAUUAUAUAAAUAUGGAAAUCCCUUCUUCCACAAUAAUAAACCAGUACAUUGCUUGUCAAGGUCCAUUACCGAACACGUGUCCUGAUUUUUGGCAGAUGACUUGGGAGCAAGGCUCUUCUAUGGUUGUAAUGUUAACAACUCAAGUAGAACGGGGCAGAGUUAAAUGCCAUCAGUACUGGCCAGAGCCAUCAGGAAGCUCAUCAUAUGGGAAUUUUCAGAUUACCUGUCAUUCAGAAGAAGGAAAUCCUGCUUAUGUCUUUCGAGAAAUGACAUUGACCAAUCUGGAGAAAGAGGAAAGCCGCCAGCUGACUCAAAUCCAGUACAUAGCAUGGCCUGAUCACGGGGUUCCUGAUGAUUCCAGCGAUUUCCUGGAUUUUGUGUGUCUUGUGCGAAAGAAGAGAGCUGGCAGAGAAGAACCUGUUGUUGUUCACUGCAGUGCUGGGAUUGGACGGACAGGGGUUCUGAUCACGAUGGAGACAGCAAUGUGUCUCAUUGAGUGCAAUCAGCCUGUUUAUCCUCUAGAUAUUGUAAGAACCAUGAGAGAUCAAAGAGCCAUGAUGAUCCAAACACCUAGUCAGUACCGAUUUGUAUGUGAAGCUAUUUUGAAGGUGUAUGAAGAAGGAUUUAUUAAACCUUUACAAGCAUCACUGCAUAAGUAAAGAGCAAAAAACCUAUGAUAUCAGUUGAGGA